GAGACAGUGAGGUGUAAUGGCGGAUUGAGGAGCUUUACUGCAGCGCUGCAUUACAAACAUCACAUUAAUCAGUGUGUGUGUGUGUGUGUAUACACACUCCGCCUGCGGGGACUCACCGCGUGUGUGUGUGUUUAGUGCUGUUUAUUUAAACUCCGUGUGUGUGUGUGUGUGUGUGUGAGGAGCUGAACCUACACCUGAUAUGUCCUGAUAAAUACACACACACAUCACAGAGUUUAAUGGAAGACUUCAAAAGUCAAGAAGAAGAUCAGAGUAAUCCGGUUUGUCACAAGGACACAACGCAGAUACUUAAAGAAUCGACCACAUCUGCGUCCUUAAACUGUGUGACUCUGCGCAGUAGUUCCACUCCGUCCUUGUCCCCUUAUCCUGCUCCUGGGGGCCCCACGGUGUCCCCCGCAGGUGAGAAUAAUGCAAAGCAAACCGCUGUGGCAAAUGGACAGGUCCCUCCCGCAGCGUCUCUGUGGCACAUGUCCCGGGAAGUGCCACCUCGUUUCCGUAACCAUCAGGAGCCUAAGAUUCUGCUGAAGAGAGGACAGUCACUAGAUGGGAUUUCACCAUUCCUCCACACAGGGGAUCAGUCGAAUGCAAACACUACACAACCCUCAGCUUCUCUAUCUUAUGCAAAUUCCACAUGCGGUCCAGAUUUCGAACCCCCGCUGCUGUCUCAGGGAAUGGAUAAGAUUGUAGUGGACGGCUCGGACCUGCAGGAAUGGCCCAGUAUUGUGGACAGCACCAGGCAGAACGAGGUCUUGAGCAAAGCUGCGAGAGAAUCCAGUCAAGGCAUGCAAAAGAACAAGACAGGGCAGGUGGAGCUUGGUGUCACUGCAGACGGAGGCAACUCUGAAUCAACCCUGCCUUCCUCUUGUGAAACAUCCUUGAAUUCUACAGAUGUAGAAAGUGUGCAGCAAAAUACCCAAAGCCAAUGGGAGGACAAUAGGGUGGAGACAGUAGUGGGACCAAAACAAGCAGAAGCUGAUAUUGCUGAUUACGGCAAAGGGUUAACUGAGGCAGUGCAGCUUUCUACUUUCAGUUCAAAUCUAGAAGCCUUAACUCCUGAUUUAUGUCAAAGUAGGACAGGUGGAGAACUGCAGGAGACUGGAGAAGUGUGGGGGACCUCUGAGGAAAACCAGGUAGGAAGGAAAGUCACUGGAAACAAUGAAGUCAGCAAUGAUGUAUCUACAACAGUCUGGGAUGAAGAAAGAAGUGGUCUAAAUAAGCCGGCAGCUAUAGUUCGACAGAGUGACAUGCCAAAAGAAGACAUGAGUGAACAUGUAAGGGAAAGCUCCACAAGUUGUUUACAGGACACUCAAAUUAUCACCACCAAUACAACAACACUCGAUAAUGAGAAAGGGAUAAAUGAAAGGAAGUGGGAGGGAUCAGAGUAUGCGUCCGCUGACCAUGGAAGAACCGAAGAUGGGACUUGGUCUCACAGCAAUUCCAGAGCUCAAGCCCAAGGCAAUGAAGUGUCCUUACAGAGUAUGAUUAGUCGACGGGACCUGGAUCCCAGAGUACUUUGUAACACAGGCUGGGGGCAGUCCCCGAUCAAGCAGGGCAUCGCCUGGGAUCUGGAGGUGGACGUUCACUCUGAAUCAGGUCAAGACUGGAAAGCUCAGAUCGAUCAAAACAGACCCACCUCUCCUCAGUGGACCAGAGACGUGCCAGGCCAUUUAAAGGGAGGCAGAAUCCAAGGGGCAGUGAGUAAAGGGGAGCAAAUUAAUGAAAAAUUAGAUACUAAAGAUGGUGCUCUACUGACAGGGAGAGGCAACAGCUUGACAGAGGCUGUUGAGGUUGAACAGGCAGGAGGUUGGUGUGGGAAUAGGAGAGAUGGUGGGCAGCACAGAGAAGCAGACAGGGGCAGUUGGGGCCCAGGAGACACUCAGUGGGGUGGAAGCAAGGGUAAAGCCGGCCAAGGUGACAAAUCAUGGGUCGACUCUGAGGACGAUGGAUGGAGAAGCAAACAACACCAGGGAUGGGGCAACAACCAUCACUCCCAACAUAUUCCAAACACUCCAAAAAUACUGAAAGGCCCAAAUCAGCAACAAGUGCAGCAAUCCCAGUCCCAACUUACUCAGCCAAGAGGUUCACAGGAGUCCAAAGAUCUACCUGCAGGUCCAGUGGCACUGAACCAAAGCUCAGGAUGGAAGCCUGGUUCCAUUCCCCACACAUCUUCAGCCAUUGAACCAAGUGGUUGGGAGGAACCCUCACCUCAGUCCAUUAGCAGGAAGAUGGAGAUUGAUGAUGGUACCUCAGCCUGGGGUGACCCUACUCACUAUGAGAACAGGAGUGUCAACAUGUGGGAAAGGAGCAACGUGCAGCAUAGGGGUCAGCCUUCUCAACUAAAGCAUGAGUCCAUGCCAGGCCCCACACCGACCAGCAAAGACAAAAACACAGGAUGGGAGCGGAGUACCAAUGCACCUGAACAGGUUAUGGAGAACAGCAGUGCAGGAUGGGGGAAGGCCUUUGAUGCUCCCUCGAGCUGGAGGGAUACAGAGGAACCUGGGAAAGGGACAGGAUGGAGCAGGUCCCGCUCCAAUCCACCUAACACUGCUUCGAAAACUAUGCAAGAUGGCUGGGGCGAUGAAGGUUUAAACACGUCACGCCAUUCCAGUUGGGAGGAGGACGAUGGUGGUCCUGGCAUGUGGGGUAACAGGUCUCAGGAAAACACUUCCUCCUUUUCUUCUGGGGGUUGGAACCAGGGUCAGAGUUGUAGGAGAACUGCAGCAAAGGGUCCUCUGAAGGGCAACGUUGGGGGUCCCUGGACAAGCUCGGUCACUCGGCAGUUCUCAAACAUGGGGAUCACGGAAGAAGACGCUGUCUCAGCAUCAGACAGGAGCAGAAGAGGGAUGAACGACUUUAAUGGUGAUAUGAGGAGGGGAGGAAGAGGAGGAGGAAGCUUUCGCUCACAUGGCUUUAAAGAACCGGGCACGUCAGGUGUGUUUAAUACCGGUGGACAUUUACGAGGAAUGCAGCAGCCCGGUGUGCAUCAUGUAAAUACUUCCCCUGGAGUACGAGCACAAGUGCCUCAGCAGUUCCUCCCUCCUCAGGUUUCAGGGUCUGUCCUGAAUCCGAUGUUCCCCCCACAGCUCUCUCCUCAGAACCUGGCUAUGCUCAGUGGGAUAAACCCCCACAUGCAGCAGGUCCAGCUGGCGUAUCAGCUCCUCCUACAGCAGCAGCAGCAACAGCAUUUCCUGUCUCAGAGGAAGUUCCCCCAUCCUCCUCCUCCUCUUCUUCCACAUCAGGACCCACAGCAGUUGGCCCGUAUCAUGGCAGUUCUUCAGCAGCGCCCCAAAACCCCCACAUCUUUCCCAGGGUUUGUUCCGGGGGUGGAGCCUGAGUCACUGAUGGGAGGAGUAAAGGAAGUGGGAGGAGCUCAGCCUCAGUUUAAAUGGAUGAUGGAGGCUGGGCAUCCGCUGUGUCCCUCACCUCCUGAUCCAAUAAUGAUUAAGAAUGGUCUUUUACCUGGUCCGAUGAAGCUCAGAGGCGACUCCUCGUUCCCCCACUAUGACCUGGUGGAGAAUGUGGGCGUGGCCUCUCCAAAUCUCAUCGACAAUUGGCACAGGAGCCCAGGUGCCAAAUUAGGCUCCGCCCCUAACACUCCCACCUGGCCCCCAGAGUUUCAGCCCGGUGUUCCCUGGAAAGGUGUUCAGAGCCCCGAGCCUAACCCGAACCCCUACAGUGGAAUUCUGGGCGAGAACACACUCUCUGAUACUGAACACCACUUACUGCAGGAUCACACAGAGCUGAACACCACCAUACUGCCUUCACCUGCUGCCUGGCCUUACUGUCCCUCCGACACACACAACUCAGCUAAGUUCCCAGCACCGCCCACCAGCUGGCCCCCGGAUCCAAUCGGACACAGGACCAAUCGAAACAGCUCCCAGAUGCCCCGCCCACCUCCAGGCCUGACCCAUCAGAAACAGUCUUCGUGGUUAGGGGUGGGGCCUCACGUACCCAGAGGGUGGAGCUCAGAGAGCCAGGAGUCACCUUUUGGUACAGAGAGCUCAUGGAGUGGUGGAGCAUCUACAGGAAGUUCAUGGCUACUGCUGAGUAACCUCACACCACAGAUCAACAGCUCCACCCUAAAGACCAUCUGCCUGCAACACGGCCCACUGAUGACCUUUAACCUCAGCUUGGCUCAGGGCAGCGCUCUGAUUCGCUACCGCAGCCCGGAGGAGGCGGCCAAGGCCCAGAGCGCGCUGCACAUGUGUGUCCUGGGUAACACCAGCAUCCUGGCGGAGUUUGUGAGUGAGGAGGACGUGGCCCGUUACUUCACACAUUCCCAGAGCAGAGAGACAGACGGGGAGACGGACAGAGAGACGGAGAGUGAGACGGGCGGAGGAGGAGGAGGGGGAGUGGGGGAGGUGAAGCUCGGCUGGGAGAACCUGGACGGAGCCGGUCUCUCCCUGUUUAACCAGUGGAGCCACGCCCAGGAGCCUGGGGUCUGGGGAGGUGUGGCUCCUGGUUACCAUGGCAACAACCUCUGGGGUUCUCCUCAGGUGGAGGACAGGGGGCAGGGCUUGUUACCGGGCAACCUGUUAGGGGGUGGGGCUGACAAUCUGUGAUGAGAGAGAGAGCUGAGUGAUCAUUUUUAUACACACACACAC